GAGUUGCCAAGCUUUUCUUAGUCGACGAUGAAGAGACUGGCGAGGAGAUGGAAGAAUGUUAGUUCUGAUGGAGAAGACGACAGCGAAGAUAAUUUCUCCCUUCCGACGACCUCCGAUUUCCAUCCCAUCGAUACCGAAGAGCAGGAGGAGCUGGUUAGAUCACUCGAAAGAUCUCAAGCCCAACAAUCUCGAUUUUGGAGGCGUGUGUUUUCUGGAUUGCUUUGUUGCUUCAUGGCGUUUCUCAUUUUCUCAAUUCAUGGACAAACAACAAUGCCAUGGGAAUUGCGUUACCAUGCUUACUUCAUGUAUGAGAUUGAAUCAUGGAUUGUGAUUGCUGCAGACUGGGCUGGGGUUUUCGUGUGUGCUAUGGCCAUUGCUGGCCUGCUUCAUUGCUCACGGUCUCAUAGGUGGUGGCUUUGGUUCUCUUGCUACUCUGGUGUUUUGGUUGCGGUUUUCUGGUUAUAUAAUAUGCUCAAGUUGGCCAAAUUCCGUUGGGAUAUUAUCUGGCUUCCUCUUGGUCCAUUGAGUGGAGCUGGAUUUAGUCUGUAUGUGGAUUAUCUUAUGAAUGAAUCAUCUGAGGAAGUGAAAAAACUUCGAAACUACAUGUACUCUUACAAGUCCCGUUGACUUGUCAACUUUCGCCAGGUGUUGAACCGUGAUUUGUCGAAUUUGUUUGAUUAGAAGCUCAAUUCUGUAUGAAGGUGUAAAGAUUUUGCAUCAAGGUUAAGAUUUAAAGACAACAAAAUUUUGUACAUUAGAUUUUGAGGUGAAGAAGAUAUUUUGCAUAAAAUAAACAGUUGAC